CUAUCGACCGAUCCCAAUGAGGUCGUCGUUAUUUCCUGGCCGCAGGUGGUUCGAGCAUGUCAGUAUCCGAGUGUCUAACGCUCCUUCCAAGGGAACCAUCUCGUGUGGCCGUCACAAGUCGGCGUUCUACACCGUUACCAUCACACACAAAGCCACGGGGGCCACCGCCACUGUGCUCAAGUCCGAUUUCGACUUUGAAACGUUGCGCGACGACACCAAGCGCGUACUGGAGCGCGGCCACGUAUGCCAAGCGGCGUGUCCAUGGUACUACGUUGACGUAUCCGAACACGUUCCAAAGCGGCGGCUGCUGGCGGUGCUUGAAACCUCGAAACGUGCGAUCGCAGCCCACAUUCGGCUGUACCAAGAUCUGUUUGACCACACUGCGGCGUUUUUGCAGUGUCCAGAGUCCUCCAGGUGUCCCAGGGCGGACGCACUCGUUCCCAUUCUCUUCUUUGACUUCCUCACUCAAAACCUGGACGGCACGUUGGACCCCGAACUCCUUGUCGUUCCCCCAGUCGCCGACGGCUCCCCGUCCAAAAUCAUGUCUCGGCAUCGUUCGUAUCGAUCCGAGUCGCGCCAUUUGCCGUCGACCUACUGCGGCGUAUGCAGCGCAGUGCUUCACGCGUCGCCUCCAGCCGCAUGGGUGGACAUGCCAUCGCUGUCGAAACUGCCCUGCGGACAUGUGUUUCACGACGAAUGCAUUGUGGAGGCGCUUAAUGCAAGCCUCGAGUGCCCAUCCUGCACUGCCAACAAUGACGCCAUGGUCGCCGAGGCCAUGUCACCCCCGGCUCUGGUAGUGUAGAGUCCCCCACGAAUUCCUGACUGAAAUCGAACUUUAUAUCCUUUCACCAUAACCCUCGAUGAUGGGGGUUGUAUCGCUUAUUUGAUUGACA